GUCAGAGGACAUCCGGUCCGGCUCCUAGUGCCUGGAAGGUACUCUGUCCGCCUUCCUCGGGGCUUAGUAGCAUUUUUUUCCCCCGGAAUCGUUGUCCUUGAAUUGGAUCUGCAGCCGCCGCGGGCGGACCUCACGCCAUUCCCUGCCCCUCGGCCCCUGGAGUGAGCCCGGCCUCCCCGCGAGGCUCCUUUGGCGAGGGCAGUACACAACUUUUCACCCUGUAAGUUUUGUCAUUGUAAAUACCGGAAGGGUGACCUAGUGGACUUGGACGUUACUUCAGAAAGAAGGGGAGAUGCCUAAAAAAAAGACUGGUGCGAGGAAGAAGGCAGAGAAUCGCCGGGAACGUGAAAAACAACUAAGAGCAUCAAGAAGCACUAUCGAUUUAGCUAAACACCCGUGCAAUGCUUCAAUGGAAUGUGACAAGUGUCAGAGACGGCAGAAGAAUAGAGCAUUUUGCUAUUUUUGUAAUUCUGUACAGAAGUUACCAAUUUGUGCACAGUGUGGGAAAACAAAGUGCAUGAUGAAGUCUUCUGACUGUGUCAUAAAACAUGCUGGUGUCUACAGUACUGGCCUUGCCAUGGUGGGUGCAAUAUGUGACUUCUGUGAAGCUUGGGUUUGUCAUGGUAGGAAGUGUCUCAGUACACACGCCUGUGCCUGCCCGCUUACCGAUGCUGAGUGUGUGGAAUGUGAACGGGGUGUCUGGGACCAUGGAGGCAGAAUUUUCAGUUGUUCUUUUUGCCAUAACUUUCUUUGUGAAGAUGAUCAGUUUGAACAUCAAGCCAGCUGCCAGGUUUUAGAAGCGGAAACAUUUAAAUGUGUUUCAUGCAAUCGGCUUGGUCAGCAUUCCUGUCUCCGUUGUAAGGCUUGUUUCUGUGAUGAUCAUACAAGGAGCAAGGUGUUUAAGCAAGAAAAAGGAAAACAGCCUCCCUGCCCUAAAUGUGGACAUGAAACUCAGGAAACUAAGGAUCUUAGCAUGUCAACACGCUCCCUGAAAUUUGGCAGGCAGACUGGAGGUGAAGAGGGAGAUGGAGCUUCUGGGUAUGACGCCUAUUGGAAGAACCUUGCAUCUGCUAAGUAUGGUGAUACCAGCUACCAUGAUGAGGAAGAAGAUGAGUACGAAGCAGAGGAUGAUGAAGAGGAAGAAGAUGAAGGUGGAAAGGAUUCAGAUGCUGAGUCAUCAGAUUUGUUUAGUAAUUUGAAUUUAGGAAGGACCUAUGCCAGUGGCUAUGCUCACUAUGAGGAACAGGAGAGCUAGGAAAGCUGCUUGCCCCUCGGUGACCUUGUCUGAGGAGCUGGAAUGUGUGUGCUUGAUGAAUCGUGUGUGGCUAUACAGGUGCACGUACUGUCACUUAGCCUUAUGUGAAAGACUAGUCACACUUACUGGGGCAAGGAGUAGGGCAGCAUUUUAAUAGGAACUGAUAAUCAGGCUUCCAGCAUAAGAAAAAUGAAUUUCAAAAAUGAAUUUCAAAUCGAUCCAAGCAGUUGAAGCAUCAUGGAUUGGAUUUUACUGAUUUCAGUAAUCUAGUAGGUUUGCCAAUUAAACACAUAUAUAGGAUAAAGGAAUAGGAUGGUAAUAUAUUUGUUUGAAAUUAAAUUGCUGUUUUUAUUAACACUGCUUAGAAAAUCGUUCUGUCUGAUUUUGUAAAAUGUAUUGGGUAAAAUGAAUUAUUGUAAUUUUUCUCGUUUGUCUGCAGGAUAAAAGUCAGAUGUUAUAUGCUAAAUUUUCAUUAAAUAUUCAUGUUAUCUUAA